AUGGUUUCCAGGUUAGAAAUCAAUUUUAUCCGGUUGCUGUCUCGGUGUGAAUCUAUCGCCUCGGAGAAACGAGAGGAGACAGAAUGGAGGCUGGGAAAGUAUGUUGGCGCCUUGGAGGAAAUGUUGGUGGCUCUGAGGAAAUGUCCGAGCAAACCAACACCAGAAGUGUUGACUGAAUACACCCGAAAAGUAGAUUUUAUGAAAGGACUCCUGGAGGCAGAAAAACUGUCCUCACCAGCAGAAAAAGCUUUAGCCAAUCAGUUCUUGGCUCCUGGUCGAACACCCACAAUAGCCAACGAGAGAAUGCCAGCCACCAAAACCGUCCACAUGCAGACCAAAGCCCGCUGCACAGGAGAGAUGAGGAACGAGCUCCUCGGCACGGGCUCAUCACACAAAGGCACAUUAGAAACUGACUUGCGAAACAGAAGAGGUGUGCCUCUGGAUGAGCGUCAGUCUGCUGCAGAGUUGGAUGCAGUCCUCCAGCACCACCACAAUCUGCAGGAGAAGAUUGCAGAGGACAUGCUCAACCUGGCCAGGAAUUUAAAGAACAACACUCUAGCAGUGCAGAAUAUCAUCAAACAGGACAAUCAGACUCUGAGCCACUCGAUGCGUCAGGCGGACAUGAACUUCGAGAAGCUGAAGACUGAAUCGGAGCGAUUGGAGCAGCACACCAAGAAGUCUGUCAACUGGUUCUUGUGGCUGAUGCUCAUCUCUGUCUCCUUCAUGUUUAUCAGCAUGAUCCUCUUCAUCAGACUCUUCCCCAGACUCAGAUGACGAUCGAGCACGAGGCGGAGCCCUCAAAUCUAUACCUUCAGCCUCCGCAGAACUCUGUGUCUGCGUAGAGAGAGAGUCCAGUUUACAUCUUGGAAAAUUAAACAGUAAAAUCACUACAUGAGCUGUCAGAAAGGAAAAAAGCUCCAGUUUUAUUUUUUUGAAAUGGAAUCAAACAGGAGUCCAAAUAAAAGGCUGUAACAUUGAUUUAAAAAGGGAGCAGCAGCAUAGUCUUUCUGCCCCAGGGAGGAGGGGCGGAGCCUUAAAUGUUCUGUUAUUCAGGUCAACUGCUAUCCACUCACGUGCACCUUGAUUUUAUUUAUUUUAUUUUUUUUUGAAUGAGAAAAAGUCAGAUACGUGACUUCUGCAACAUUUAUAUCUUGCAUACAGUUGAAGGAGUUCCUGAAGUGUCCGGAGUCAUCCAUAUCUACAUCACAGUCCCAAACUGCCAAUAGCAUGCGUGCUAAGAACACUUUAAUUCAUUCAAGCUCAGUCAUAGUACCUGGAGACAUGAAGACAGCAGGGGCAACCUGACAUUUGACCCCAAUGUUGUCAACAUCCUCCAAGUGUUUGACCUCUGGCUUUGAAUUACUGACAGUGUCAUCUCAGUAAUUUAAAAAUACCAAAAAAAAAAAAAAAAAAAAAUCUAUUCCUGAAAAUGAUGCACUUCAUGCUAAAUAGUGGGGGUAAGAAUUGUGCAUUUUGUGAUAAAAGCACCAAAUUUGGCACAGAUGUAGCCAAAUGAAGUACACAAAAAAAAUCUAGAUAUUAAGCCUUUGUGAAUUUUUAUCAUGGUUGCCAUGGCAGCCAUUUUUCAAAAUGAAAAUUGAAAAAAAAAUGCUUGUCAUGUUGAAAAAUAUACCAUUUUAUUUUUCUGAUCAUAAUAAUUCCAAAAAGGUACAGGUUGGACUGUCUGUGACUGAGUGUUGCAGGAUAAAAAACGCAAAUACAAAUUUCAGUUUGUACAGUGGUCAGACAUUAAAGUUGCUCCAAUUUUGGUUAAAAACUGAUGGAAAGUAUUGGUUUAGUUUUUAAAAGAAAUAGUUUGCACAUUGGUUUAGUUUUUAAAAGAAAUAGUUUGCACAAUCUGUCAUGCUCUGUCAUGAGGUUACAGAGGAACACAUGCCAUAUGUCAUAAAAUCCAAUGGAUGUCAACCUUUGGUAUCACUUAUUUUAUUUUAUUUUUUUUUUACCAAAAUUGGAGCAACUUUAAAUUUUGACCCCUGUACAAACUGAAAUUGACCUUUGUCACUAUAGUUGCUGUUCUUAUCCCAUAUUAUUCAGUCAUAGACGGUCCCAACUGCACCUUUCCCCCGGGUAUGAAAUGCGGGAAGACAUAGCAAUCAGCAUGUCUGCCAGUCUGUGUUUUCACUUGUUCGUGAGAUAUUUCAAGAACCAGUUGACCAAUUUCGUUCAUAUUUAGCACAAGGGUGUAACUUGGAUGAUCCCCUGACACUUUGUAUUACUAAUUUGUGGGGACCGGGGGGUUAUAUCAUCUCUGAUGACUUUUGUUAAAUGUGUUCCUUGUCAGCUGAUGUCUGGCACAGCAGAUGUGCGCAGCCAGUUUAAAUAUUAAUCACAUGAUGGACAAUAAUUUACUUCACUGAAACAUUUUGUACAGCGUUUAUGUUAAAACAAACUGGCUCUCAUGGAAGCUUCAAAAAAGUCCCUACCCAUUUCAAUUCAGGUGAUUCUGCAGUGACAUAAUCCAUUUGUUGUUGUCUGAUUCCUGCUUAAGAUUUUAAAAACUCCAUAAAUUACCAUCAGCAUCUCACUGAAAGCAGUGGAACAUCCAGUCUGUUGCUGACCGUCAGCACUUGAAUUUAGUUUUCCAGAAAUGCUGUGUGUCCUCUGUGUCCCACUCUCACACACUCAGAACGGCAAACAAAUGUUCAGACAGCAGGAAAGAUCUCUGAACUCCCUUCAGCGUUCUGAACACACACAAAACUUUCUGAUAAACUUUGUGGACAUCGGCUGACAAGGAACUCGUUUUGCUGGAUGGACACACACACUGUGUUUUCCACUGUAAGACCAUAAAAUAUAAUUGACGGUGUAAUCAAGUAGUUAUAAAAUAAUCAUCAAAACCUAAUGAAAAUUAACCUGAUUUUCUCAGAAAUUACAGGAAAAACUCAAAAACAAAAAGUAAAUAGACAAAAUUUAAAAAGUACAAAAAUGUGCAUUUUCAACAAAUGAAAAAUGGGUGAACAUUAUUAAUUUUUAUUUCUGAAACAGUUUGCAGUCUUGACUUAUUUCCUGCCAUAAGUCACAUGUGUCUCUUACUUUGUCAGAAUCGUUGCUGACAAGAAACAUGCGACAACACAAACAGCGGUUUUGUUGUUGAAACUGGAAUAUUUUGACUUCUUAAGUCAGUUUUCCUGUUGACACUUAAAGAAAAUUACAUUAAAUACUACACUAUAGUAAAGUAA